GGGUCUGGAUUAAUGGGAUUUGGGCCAGAAUUAAUGGGAUUUGAGCCAGAAUUAAUGGGAUUUGGGUCUGAAUUAAUGGGAUUUGGGUUGGGGUUAGUGGGAUUUGGGCCAGAAUUAAUGGGAUUUGGGUUGGGGUUAAUGGGAUUUGGGUCUGAAUUAAUGGGAUUUGGGUUGGGGUUAAUGGGAUUUGGGUCUGAAUUAAUGGGAUUUGGUCAGAAUUAAUGGGAUUUUAUCACAGAAUUAAGGGAUUUUAUCUGAAAAUUAAUGGGAUUUGGGUCAGAAUUAAUGGGAUUUCAGCCAGAAUUAAUGGGAUUUUGGUUGGAAUUAGUGGGAUUUGGGUCAGAAUUAAUGGGAUUUCAGCCAGAAUUAAUGGGAUUUUGGUUGGAAUUAGUGGGAUUUGGGUCAGAACCCUGGACGCGGGCUCCCCAAUUCCUGACCCCAACCCUUCUCCCCCCCUCCCCAGCCCUUCCCCUCCCCCUCCGCCAUGCCCCGGCCCUGCUCCCCCCCUCCUUCCUCCUCCUCCUCCUCCUCCUGGCUGCAGGUGGAGUUCCCGCAGGCGCCGCCGGCGCUGCUGCGGAACCUGAACCGGCAGCGCCUGCGGGGGCAGCUCUGCGACCUCUCGGUGCGGGUGCGGGGCCGCGAGUUCCGCGCGCACCGGGCGGUGCUGGCCGCGGCCUCGCCCUUCUUCCGCGAGCAGCUGCUGCUCCGGGAGCGCGACUGCAUCGAGCUGCCCGCGGCCGUGCCGCCCGCCGCCUUCGCCCAGGCGCUGCGCUGCGCCUACACCGGGCGCCUCUCGCUGGCCCGCGGCGAGCUGCUGGGGCUGCUGACGGCGGGCAGCGUGCUGCAGAUGUGGCACAUCGUGGGCAAGUGCGCCGAGCUGCUGCGGGGCUGCGUCUGCGUCAUCGUCAUCUUCAUCAGCGUCAUCUUCAUCAGCGUCAUCUUCAUCAGCAUCAUCAUCGCGGUGCUGGCGGCCCCGGUCCCCGGCGGGGAUUCCCUGCCAGGAGGAGGAGGAGGAGGAGGAGGAGGAGGAGGAGGAGGAGGAGGAGGAGGAGGAGGAGGAGGAGGAGGGUGGGCGGUGCGAGGAAGGCCCGCGGGCGCUGCCGCCGGGCCAGCGGCGCUGGGUGCAGCAGGAGCUGGGGCUCAGCUGCGAGGAGGAGGAGGAGGAGGAAGAGCUGGGAGGGGGAGAGCCCGGGAUUCCCGGCGGGAAUGGGGAGGUGGGAGACGGCCGGGAGAGUUCGGGGGUGGGAGCCGGGGAGAAUUCGGGAAUGGGAGCUGGGAAUGGCCGGGGAAAUUCGGGAAUGGGAUCCCUGGAAAAUUCAGGAAUGGGAUCUGGGAAUGGCCGGGGAAAUUCAGGAAUGGGAGCUGGGAAUGGCCGGGGAAAUCCGGGAAUGGGAUCCCUGGAAAAUUCGGGAAUGGGAGCCGGGAAUGGCCAGGGAAAUUUGGGAAUGGGAGCCGGGAGGAACCGGGAAAAUUCGGGGAUGGGAUCCCGGGAAAAUUCGGGAAUGGGAUCUAAGAGGAAGCGGGAAAAUUCGGGAAUGGGAGCUGGGAGGAACCGGGAAAAUUCGGGAAUGGGAGCUGGGAGGAACCGGGAAAAUUCGGGAAUGGGAGCCAGGAAUGGCCGGGGAAAUACAGGAAUGGGAGCCGGGAGGAAGAGGGAAAAUUCGGGAAUGGGAUCCCGGGAAAAUUCGGGAAUGGGAUCUGAAAAGAAGCAGGAAAAUUCGGGAAUGGGAGCUGGGAGGAACUGGGAAAAUUCGGAAAUGGGAUCCCUGGAAAAUUUGGGAAUGGGAGCUG